GUUUUCCUCCCUCCUCAAAACCGUAACACGCUAAAUUCCAGUUUGAUCUGUGAGUUUACUUGGAGUCUGUCCUGACUUUAACCAGCUCCGCAGAGGCUGUCUCACUGUUUAACAAUUUGAAGAUUUAAAGACAUGACGUGUUUUGCCACCUUUUGGAAACAUUUAAGAAAACAUCGUAUCGUGGCGUGAAGAAAAUUGAGAGCAUCAAACGAAACUCAGUUCCAACUGAAGAUGAAUAAAAAGAAAAAAGUAAAGUAAAGCGAAGCAGAUCGCUUGAGAUUCAGGAAAGCGGUACCCGGACGAGUUUGAUUUUCACCACUCAGUGUGCGGAAUGCGAAUUUGAACGUGGCUGGAAGUAGUGCUAAAGCUUUCUAGAGAAAGAAGAAUAGGGUAUUACAUGGCUUUGGCUGAAUAUGUUACUGAGACAAGACGCGAAUUUCAGUCAUCCAAACUCUACUAGCCACAGCAGUGAAGAUAAAGGAUUCCAUGUCCAGACUCAGUUACCCUUACUUAUACUGGCAGUAAUCAUUGUUAUUCUCAACGGAACGAUCGUUGGUUUGUUCGUCAAGAAACGUUCUCUCAGAUCAUUCACUAACUACUUCCUGGUCAGUCUUGCCAUAUCAGAUCUUCUGACUGCCUUCCUGGCCAUCCCAUUCUUUAUAAGCUGUAACGCUACUGAGAAAACAGAGAUCUGUACUGCAAGUAAUCAGUUUUUUGUCUUCACCACUUUAUCAACUAUCUGCCACAUCGCUGCCAUCACAGCUGAUCGCUACAUCGCCAUCUUGAAGUCACUUCGAUACCAAGAAUUGGUGACUAAGAAACGAGUUCAGCUGGUGACUGCCACCAUCUGGUUGUAUUGUUCAUUCAUGACCGUCAUCCAGUUGUCCUGGACAGUCUCUAGUGAAGAAAGUCUCAACGACAUACCAGACGAAGACUACCAGAAGAAGGACCUUGUCUACACUAUCAUGUUCGUGAUAUUGGGAGUAAUCCCAAUACCGUUCAUGGUAUUGGCAUAUUGCCGUAUCUUUGUACAAAUUCUUCGACAAAACAGCUUAACACGUCAGCACAAUAGGUUAGUGGAAAGGGGAGAUAAAAAAAUCUGGACGUUUGAGCUUAGAACUGUUUCCAUGUUCGUAUUGAUGCUAUUGGCGUAUGUCUUCUGUUUGUUGCCUAAUGCUGCUUUGAGAUUGGAGUUGAAUAUCAACGGCACUUUAGAUCGUAUUCCCAUGUACGUCUUACACAUUAUUGUGUAUUUGUAUUUUAUGACUUCUUUUUUGAACCCGUGUUUCUAUGGAUUGGGCAAGCAUGAUUUACGCUGUGCGCUGAGUGAGUUAUUUGCAAAGACGUUUGCACAAAGAAGGCAGAUGAAGCAAAACAUGAAUGUGUCAUAUAGAACUGGUUGUGAUUCUGCCCUCAUCUUAUAACGAGAAAUAAUGAAUUUCACUGACAAAACUCGUAUUGUUUUAUUACGGAGUGAUAAGGUCUUACUAACUUCUUGAAAUGACUUGAGACUAGCCUGAAAUUAGCAAUGACGACAACGAUGGUGUUGACAACUGAUGACGUUAACAAUUAAUGUAGGCACAUAAUAAUACAUAAAUAAUAAUAGUUUUUUAAACCGCAUAAAUACUAAAGUAUCGAUGCUUUUCGCAAAUGUAGUAGUCCCCUUCACAGUUGCCUGCGCCAUCUUAAUCAAGGUAGAAGUGCCUUUAUAUCGAAGCGAGACGAACGGUGAGCUUGCAAUGAUAGAGACAUAGCUGUGAAUAAUUAUCCAAGGUAUUAAAAAAAGGUCUCUAUCAUAUCAUUGCAAGAUCACUGUUAGUCUCGCAGCGAUGCAAAAGCACGGCUAAACCUUUCAAGAUGGCGCAGGGAACUGUGAAAGGGACUAUUUGAAACUAAAACAAUAUGUAUAUAUAAAAAAAUCCUAAAAUAAAUAAAGAAUACAAAUAAAAUGUUAGGUAAAAAUAAAAUACAAAUAAACAUUAAAACGA